GUGACGAGAUCAUUGUUAUAACUAGAGUAGAAGCAAAUGCAUCUAAGUCUCGUCUAAAAGAUAAAGAUUUGUUAUAUAAGACAAAAAAAAUCAUGGGAUGGACUAAGUGUAAUCUUUCUUUGUCAAUUUUCUUUAAUGCCGUCGCAUUGGUGGCGGGCGCUUUUGCAUUAGGUUUGCCGCUGUGGGUUAUUAUAGAAAAAGAUGAAGGAAUGCUUGUAGCAAACGGUACUAGAAAAAUAAACGCUGGACUAUUCUUAAAAAGUGAAGUAGUCGAGUUGAAAGUCAACAACUUGACGCAUGCGCAAUGGGAUGAUGAGUCAUGGAGAGGCCUUACUGGGAGAACAUUUGAUGAAGAUGAUAUGACAGCAGUUAAGGCAACUUUGAUUACCGGGUUGAUCUUUGUAAUAUUGAGUUUAUUCACAUCCAUUAUCGUCUGCUGUUGUUACAAGGAGAAAGAGUAUCGGAGAUUUAUGAAAAUAUCAUUUGGGACAAUCGUGGCAACAAUUAUUGCAGUUCUACUGAUUACGACUGGACCUAUUGUGUAUGUUACGAAGAUCGUAAAUGACUACGACAGAAAAAUAUUGUAUGUGGGAUUUUGGAUGUGUGUGACGUCAUCUGUAUCAGCAGGAAUAUCGGCAUGCUUUUCUAUAGCGACGUACCUUCUCUACCGCCAGAAGAAGCGCGGUAACGGUCGUGGACCCAGUUCACAUGGAAUGCCAAACAACGCUUUUAACUGAAAAAUCACAACCGUCCAUCAAAUGCAAACUAAAGUCAACAACUGUAGAACAAGAUGCACAGCAUG